UAAAAUAAAAUCACUCGUGUACUGAACUUCGUGCAGAAUAUAAUAUUGAUUUUGUUGUGGAAAGACAAUGCUACGUGUUCCUUUCAUUGAUUUCUUCUUGCGUAUGAAUGUGAUAUUUAGAGAAUAUUUCUUAUAAACGUGCAUUUCUUUAUUCGAUCGGCAUUUCUCCUUUCAAAACCCGACCUGUUAAUAUAUAAGUAACAGUAUAAUAUAUAAAUUCUUGCCUCUCCUUCGCACGCAACUAUGGAUCUCAGGGAGUCAAUCAACAACCAGACGGAUGUUUCUUUCAUGCUAGCUAAGCACAUUUUGUCCAAAGAGGUUAAAGGCGAUACCAACCUUGUGUUGUCUCCUCUCUCAAUUCAAAUAGUACUUGGCCUUAUUGCUGCCGGCUGUAAAGGACCAACUAAGGAUCAGCUGCUCUGUUUCCUCAAGUCCAAAUCCAUUGAUGAACUCAACUCUCUUUAUUCUCAUCUUGUCAAUAUCGUCUUUGUUGAUGGCAGCCCCAAUGGAGGUCCUCGUUUGUCUGUUGCUAAUGGUGUUUGGAUCGACCAAACACUCCCUCUUAAGCCUUCUUUCAAGCAGGUUGUGGAUAAUGUUUACAAGGCUGCUUUAGACUCUGUUGAUUUUCAGAACAAGGCUGCUGAGGUUGCCGAUCAAGUCAAUCAGUGGGCUAAAAUGGAGACAAAUGGUCUUAUCAAAGAGAUUCUUCCUCGUGAUGCAGUGAACAACAUGACAAGGCUGAUUUUGGCCAAUGCACUAUAUUUCAAGGGAGAAUGGAAUGAGAAGUUCACUGCUUCAGAGACGAAAGACCAUGAAUUCCAUCUCCUCAAUGGAGGGUCUAUUCGAGCACCAUUUAUGACUACCAAGAAGAAGCAGUACAUAGCAGCGUUUGAUGGCUUUAAAGUAUUAAGGCUUCCUUAUAAACAAGGCACAGACACGCGUCGCUUCUUCAUGUAUUUCAUUCUCCCAGAUGCCCAUGAUGGAUUACCUUCUUUAUUGGAAAAAAUCAGCUUAGAACCUGGAUUUUUAAAUAACCAUGUUCCAUAUGGAAAAGUUCGAGCGCGCAACUUUCUUAUCCCUAAAUUCAAAAUAACUUUUGGAUUUGAAGCUUCCAACAUUCUAAAGGGACUCGGCCUCACGUUGCCUUUUUGUGGUGGUGGCCUCACUGAGAUGGUUGAUUCUCCUAUGCCUCAGAACCUGUCUGUUUCACAGGUUUUUCACAAGUCUUUCAUUGAGGUAAAUGAGGAAGGAACCGAAGCUGCAGCUGUUACCGCUACUGUAAUAAUGACCAUGUCCUUGAUUAUUGAGAAGGAAAUGGAUUUUGUUGCGGACCAUCCAUUCCUAUUCCUUAUAAGAGACGAAUCUACUGGUGCGGUGUUAUUCAUUGGCAGUGUAAUGAAUCCUCUAGCUGGUUAACCUAGGUGAAUGUCUGAAUUCAAAUUAUAGCAUGGACGAUAGAAAGCUUUAUAUUAGCAUUGUGAGAGGAGUGUUAUAUUUGCAGAGAAUUGUAUAUUUAUCAUCUGUUAGGACUAAGUUGAGUGGUGCUACGUAUCUUCCGGAAACAGCCUCUGCCUUCUUGAAGGUAGGAUCCUCCCAGACCUCACUUGUAGGAUUACACUUUUUUUUUUUGUCAUUGUUGUUGUUGUUGUACCCUUAUGAUGAAACCUUAAUUCAUAUAUCUCUGGCAUCUUAUAUAA